AUGACUGUAGAAAUGUUGCGGUCCUUGGCUGCAACACAGUCGGCCCCUUUGACGGCGACGGCAGUGAAUCCUCUCUUCGACUCAGUCGCUCUUCACAAAGCGUGGGAGAUAUUGGAUAUGAUUCAUCGGUAUCGUAUGCCAUUUUCUCCUAAUACAGUGGAUCGCAGCGAUGAAGGCACGCUCAAAUUUCUUUCGAUCAUAUACACUCAAGUGCGAUCCUCAAGUCAGAUUCAAAUGAUCUUGCCUGCUUUCCCAUUCAAGUCACCCAAUCGAUUGAGCAAGACACUGGGGCCGUUGCCCGACAAAGGCGAGGAACUUGGAAUGGCUCAUUUGAACGGCCUUUGUGCUGCGAUUUCAGAUGUAUAUGAACCUGGUGCUGAGUUGACCAUUGCGUCAGAUGGACUUGUGUAUAAUGAUCUCUUGGGAGUUUCCGAUGCGGAGGUCUAUUUCUACGGAGAACACUUGCGUCAAAUGGUCAAAGAUAAAGGCUACAAACACCUAGCAUUCAUUCGUCUCCGAGAUCUUGUCCAAUGGAAAGUCGAGACCCCCCUCGAUGUCGCUACAUAUGAAAAACACGCUGGCGAGUUCCGUCAGAGAUUGAUCGACAGAUUCACGCCUCUGGAUUACGACUGUUGUGAAAGUAUCCGCGCAGAUGAGGAUGUCUGUACUACAUACCGCGGGUAUAUCAAGUUCCUAACCAAAGAUCUGGAGCAUACCUUCGUGGGAUCAAAUUCAUCGAAAAGAUCCCACAAGUUGAAGCUGGAGGCUAUAGCAAAACAUAUGAUUGCGCGUGGGAAGGUGAGCUCUCUGGAAUUAGAGGUAUCCUUGUUUAUCACUAACAUGAAUACCAUGCAGGCAUUCGCAGGAGCCAUCAAAGCAAAUUACCCCAACCACGUCAGGCUUUCAAUCCAUCCAUCAUGUGGAUCUACAAAAAUCUCCAUCCAAGUAUUGCCUCUUGCAAAAUUCGCAAUUACCCCAUGGCACUCGUCUCCUUGUUUUACACUUGAUGGACGGAUCGAAUAUGGUAUGCGGGAAACCUUUGACCAGAACCCUGAUGUCGAAUUGGUUCACAAAAAUGGACAGCCCUGGUACUAUCGGUACAAGUCACACCUCUAUUCAUGGUCAAAAGAGGUCGAAAUAGAGCCUCUUUACCCCUGUGGUUUGAUGAUCCGCUCUCUGACAAACCUUUCUGUUCACGAUGUGGACAUGCAAAUGGUUCGAGAUCUCGCCCAAGAGGUCUCUCCUGUAAUCCUCCGGGGCUUCCAGGACACCCGUGACCGUGAGCUAUUUGUCAAAAAGGCCGAAGAGAUGGGAACGCCUCUUCCGUGGAAGUUCGGGUUAGUUCUGGAAGUGAAGGAUCAUGGAAGUGAUAGCCAGGGACUGAAUAACGUUCUCUCAUCCGAAUGGAUGCCAUUCCACUAUGACGGGCUGUUCAAGAUUGAAAAGUCUCUAGAUGCGGAUGGAAACGAGGUCGUUCGAUCAAAACCCCCCAAGUUCCAAUUUUUCACCAGCGUGACUCCCUCCCCAAAGGACUCAGGAUUCACCCUCUUCUCCACAUCCCAUCUGGUAUGGCACUACCUGCCUGUAAGAUACUCAGUGGAUGAUCUUCGAAAACUAUCCUGGACAGUGGAGACAGAAUCUUUCGAUAAUGCCAAAGUAUCCGGCUUGCCUCUUAUUGAGAAUCAUUUCGCGCACAACCGGCCUUGUCUCCGCUACCACGAGCCAUGGCCCCAAGAAAAGACCGCAUUCACCCCAACAAAGAUCACCGUUCAAGGUGUGCCAGACUCCGCUGAGAUUUGUCGCACUCUGGACAGUCUGCUGCAUGAUAGACGGGUGGCAUUGUGGCACUGUUGGGAAGAAGGAGAUUGGCUGAUCAGCGAUAAUGUGACGACGAUGCAUACCCGGAGUUCCUUCACGGGGAACUCAGAUCGCUGUUUGUGGCGUGUUCAUGUUGAUUGA